AGAGAGAGAUAUGGAAAUGGGGAAGAAAGCUUGCAGCAGCAUUUUGUGGAGAGCAACAUCGUCGAUGAGAAGGUUAUCGACAGCGACAGUGACAAAGACAUCGUCGUCUGCGGUCAAAGAUAAAGAGACUUCUCUGUAUCGUCGAUUGUCUGCUCUGGGCGGCAGCGAUGGUAAAGUGACCGAUACUCUUAACGAAUGGGUAAGCGAGGGCAAAGCUGUUCGGAGGUUUGAGAUCAUCGGUUACAUCAAUCAGCUCCGCAAGUACAAGAAAUACGAGCACGCCAUCCAGCUGUUGGACUGGAUAGAGAAGAGGGGUAGGAAGUUGACGCAUGGAGACCAUGCAAUACGUAUAGAUCUUCUAUCAAAAGUCAAGGGAGUAGCUAAUGCUGAACAAUAUUUUAACAGUCUUAAGGAAUCUUCAAAAACCAAGGAAACCUAUGGAGCACUCCUAAACUGUUACUGCCAGGAGAAAAUGGCUGAUAAGGUGAUGGCCCUAUUCAAGGAGAUGGAAAGACUGAAGUUUGUUUCUACUUUAGCCUACAAAAAUCUCAUGUGCUUACGCUUGAGUUUGGGUGAGCAUAAGAAGGUCCACCAACUAGCACAAGAAAUGAAGCAGAAGAAUAUACCACGAGAUGUUUUUGUGUAUAAUACAUUGAUGAACAGCUAUUCCUCUUUAAAAGACAUUGAAGGAGUGGAAAGAGUUAUGAAGGAGAUGAAUGCAGAGGGGAUCCAAAUUGACUGGGCCACUUAUGCUAACCUAGCAACAAUAUAUGUUAAAGCAGGACAAUUUGACAAGGCCAAUUCAGCUCUUACAGAGCUUGAGAAAAUGGAUAACCUUCGCGAUCGUGAAGCAUUCCUUGCUCUCAUUAGCUUAUAUGCACAGACUUCUAAUUCACUGGGGGUCAAUCGGGUUUGGAAGUCUCUAAAGUCAGCCUUCCCAAAGACCAUCAACAGUAGUUAUCUGAUCAUGCUUCGGGCUCUCUCCAGAUUGGGAGAUAUGGAUGCCCUUAAGAAGUGCUAUGAGGAAUGGGAAUCUGCUUGCUCAAUCUAUGACAUCCGGUUGGCAAAUGUCCUUAUAGAUGCUUACCUCAAACAAGGUAUGAUCAAAGAUGCUGAGUUAGUUGGUGAAAGGAUCAAGAAAAGGGGUGCCAAGCCUGACUUCAGGAACUUAGAGAUGUUCAUGACUUUUUAUUUGAAAAACCAGCAGCCUGAUUUGGCGCUAAAAUAUGUGGACAUUGCUGCUUCUAAUGUGAAAGCUGAAAAGAGUGAUUGGAAGUUGAGCCAAGAAACUUUAAAUUUGUUUCUUAAGUGUUUUGAGGAGAAGAAGAAUGUUGAUGGUGUAGAGAAGUUCUACAACAGCUUGAAGCAAGUUGACUGUGUUAAUACAAAACUCUAUGACUCUCUGCUUCGUACUUAUAUUGCUGCUGGUAGAAUUGAUUCCCAGAUGCAUAAGAGGAUAAAAGAUGAUGGGAUUGAGAUGAGUUCUGAGACAAAGAAGUUGCUUGAGAGGGUCUGCUGCCCAUCUUAGGCUAGUGUCAGUAAAGAGUAGCUUAAAGUAAAACCCCGCAAAUGAUUCUUUUGAGGCUUGAUGGUUCUCUGCAAAUUCCAUGAUCAAUGGUUAGAGUUUUUGAUAACUCCUGAUUGAAACUGUUUUGAUACAGAUUCUUGCUCAAUAGAAGUCAGAUUUUUUAUCAAGCAAUCUAUAAGCUGUGGAGGAAAAAUUAAGCUGCCCGGUUUUGGUUGUGAAUCUAAUAAUUUUGUUCUCAGGGUAACCUAAUUAUGUUGAAGAACAGAUGAUGUUUUAUCAAAUCUGUAUUUGAUUUUGGUUUUAACAUUUAAUCUGAAAUCUUGUUUGGUGGGGGUAUGCACAAGGAUUUGUUACUGGGUAUUUCCAGGAAGCUUGGUAACACUUUUUCUCUGCAACUUUCA